UGCAAUAUUUGCAUUUAUUAUAUUGAUAUUUCGAAAAAGUGAACCUGUGUGGUCCGUUUUCUAAAAGUUAUAUAAAAUUUCCUAACUAUGGCAGCGCUGCGGGCAAGAUUGGGCUCCUCGGUAACAUGCGCAGGGAGGUUAUUUUUGCGGUCUGCAACACACAAAAAUUCUAAAUUUUUAGGAAUAACCGGCUGUAAUGUAACAAAACAAACAGAACUUUUUGCGGCGAAUUUGCUUCAACACAAGUACUACAGCACAGCAACUGAACAGAAAGAAACAGUAAAGGGCGAGCCUGAAAAAAGGGAAUUUCAAGCUGAAACUCGAAUGCUACUUGACAUUGUGGCGAGAUCCCUAUAUUCUGACAAAGAAGUUUUCAUCAGGGAGCUGAUCUCAAACGCCAGUGAUGCCCUGGAGAAGUUCCGGUACCUGAGUGUGAGUGCAGCCCCAGAUGCUGCCCAGCUGGAGCAGACAGACAGAGCUCUUGAGAUACGACUUUCAACUGAUAAGCAAAACAGAACUAUUACAUUCCAGGAUAGUGGAAUAGGCAUGACUAAAGAAGAACUCACACAAAACCUGGGGACCAUUGCCCGCUCGGGCUCAAAGUCCUUCAUUGAGGAGAUCAAGAAUAAAGGAGCGGAGGAAGCCAGUUCCAUCAUUGGGCAGUUUGGUGUGGGUUUCUAUUCGGCUUUCAUGGUGGCUGACAAGAUUGAAGUGUUCACAAGGAGCAGCAAGACUGGCUCAGUGGGCUACAAGUGGAGCUCUGAUGGGUCUGGCACCUAUGAAAUACAAGAAGCAGAGGGAGUUCCGGUUGGUACCAAAAUAGUUGUACACUUGAAAACUGACUGCAGAGAGUUCUCUGAUGACGAUAGAGUUAAGAACAUAAUAAAGAAAUACAGCAACUUUAUUGGCAGCCCCAUUUUCUUAAAUAAUGAACAAGUUAACUCUAUAAAGCCGCUUUGGCUGAUGGAGCCAAAAGAAGUAUCUAGAGAGCAGCAUGUAGAAUUCUACAGAUUUAUCAGCAACUCGUUUGACAAGCCGCGGUUUACCCUACACUAUAAGACAGAUGCCCCUCUGAGCAUCAGAUCCAUAUUGUACGUGCCUGAAGGCAAACCCGGCCUGUUUGAAAUGUCGAGGGAUUCGGACGUCGGCGUGGCUCUUUACUCCAGAAAAAUAUUGAUCAAAAGCAAGGCAGAAAAUAUAUUACCAAAAUGGAUGAGAUUUGUUAAAGGUGUAGUUGAUUCAGAAGAUAUUCCUCUUAAUCUUAGCAGAGAAUUGCUGCAAAAUAGCGCGUUGAUAACGAAACUCCGUACGGUGUUGACUAACCGGUUCCUCAAGUACAUGAUUGACCAGAGCCAGAAGGACCCCGUCGGCUACGACGCCUUCUAUAAGGAUUACUCUUUGUUCCUGAAAGAGGGUAUUGUUACUAGCCAAAGUCCUUUGGAGAGGGAGGAAAUAGCAAAGCUGCUUCGCUUCGAAUCUUCCAAGCUUGAAAAAGGAGUUAGAACAUCGCUCUCCGAGUACGGCGCGCGACAGAAGGAUGCCAAAAAACCUAUAUAUUAUUUGGCGGCACCCAGUCGAGAACUUGCAGAGACAUCCCCCUAUUAUGAGUCCCUGAAAAAACAAGAUGUUGAGGUAUUGUUCUGCUAUGAGAUGUAUGAUGAACUGGUGCUACUAGAACUGAAAGAAUUCGGCGGCCGUCAACUGUUAUCAGUCGAGAGCGACAUGCAAACGGACUCUUCGAAUUCUGCCGACACUAUUAUUGGUAGCGAUGACUUACAAAAAGAACAAGCAGAGGAGCUUAUAUCAUUCCUGAAGUCGAAUUUGUCCGGGAAAGUGUUCGAAGUGCGCACGACACAGAAACUGGACACGUAUCCGUGUGUGAUCGUGAUCCCCGAGAUGGCCGCCGCCCGCCACUUCAUACGCACUCAGGCGCAGAACCUCAGUGAAGAGAAUAGAUUCUCUCUGCUGAGACCUCAAUUGGAGAUCAAUACAAAACAUCCCAUCAUCAAAAAACUGCACAAACUUACAUCAUGUGACAAGGAGCUGGCUGUGAUGGUGUCCCAGCAACUGUUUUCCAAUGCUAUGGUGACAGCAGGCCUGGUUAUGGACCCGAGAAACCUAAUAACUCAUAUCAAUGAUCUACUUACUAAAGCUUUAGAAAAACAUUAAUUGUUUAUUUAUUAUUAAAAUUGUUAUGUUACAAUAAAAAUAAAUAUAUCUU